ACGAAACCGCCCCGGACGUUUACCCAUUCUUGAAGUAACCUGUCCUCUCCGCAUUCCUGGCUAGAGGGAGUUGGAGGCUGAAAGCUGGAAACCGAUAGCGUAGAGAGAGACGACAGUGUCGCCGAGGGCGGCUGGGGGUCGUCGCAGUGGUCUCAGGAAUACCCCCUGCCUGCGUCCUCCGCCUCCUCCCUCGCGCACAUGACCGUUUCUAAUGCCAGGAAGAAGGUGCACUUUGUUAGUAUACAUGAUACAGUGAAAGCUGGUGAUGUGAAACAGCUAGCAGAAAUUGUAGAGAGUGGGAUCAACAUUAAUGAGGUUGAUGUCCUCCAUAAAUUUACCCCUUUACAUUGGGCAGCACAUUCUGGAAGUUUGGAGUGUCUUCAUUGGUUGCUGUGGCAUGGGGCUGAUAUCACAAGUAUAACCCCAGGAGGUUGGACAGCAGCUCACAUUGCUGCAAUCAGAGGUCAAGAUGCUUGUAUGCAGGCUCUCAUAAUGAAUGGAGCAAAUCUUUCUGCUCGGGAUGAUCGUGGAUGCACUCCAUCACACCUUGCUGCAACACAUGGACAUUCUUACACAUUACAAGUUAUGCUCAGAAGUGGAGUGGAUCCCAAUGUUUCUGAUAAGUGUGACUGGAAACCUGUGCAUUAUGCUUCUUUUCACGGGCGCCUAGGCUGUCUGCAACUUCUUAUUAAAUGGGGAGCCACUAUAGAAGAUGCGGAUCAGAAUGGAAACCUUCCAGUUCAUUUUGCAGCCAUGGAAGGUCACCUUUACUGUUUUAAGUUCUUACUCAGUAGAAUGAGCAGUGUGAAGCAGGCCUUAAAAGUCUUCAAUGAUAAUGGAGAAAAUGCAAUGGAUCUAGCGCAAAGAUUCUUCAAAGAUAACAUUGUACAAUUUAUCCAGGGGGCUGAAUUUGAAGGAGAUAAUCAAAACAAUCAGGAAAAUUUAGCAUUUCCGGGUCAUGCAGCUGCUUAUAAAGGAGAUUUGGAGGUACUUAAGAAAUUAGUGGAAAGUGGAAUAAUUAAUAUUAAUGAGCGUGAUGAUAAUGAAUGUACUCUCCUACACAGAGCUGCUGGCCAAGGUCACAUAGAAUGUUUGCAGUGGCUGAUUGAAGCGGGAGCUGAUGUUAACAUUACCAACAACGAUGGGGAGACUGCAGCUGACACAGCUAAGAAGUUUGCUCAUUUGUCAGCAGUGUCACUUUUAGCAGGACUGCAGAAAUAUGAAGUUGAAGAAAAUGAUGAAAUAAACGACCAAGAUGUGAAGUUUUUUGAAAGACAUGGCGUUGAAGGAAGCACUGAUGCAAAAGAUGAGUUAUCUCAGAGUGAAGCUGAAAAAACAGAUGCACGAAUAAGAGCUUAUGAGAAGGUUGUAGAAUUGAGGCAUCUUCUAGAAAUUGCUGAAAGUAACUACAAACAGCUGGGAGGGAUAUCAGAAGGAGACAUAAAACAGAAGAAAGAAGAUCAAGAGUCUGAAAGGAUGAUCAAAGAGUUGCAAGUCCAACUGGAAGGUGAACGACUGCGUAGAGAGAAACUAGAGUGUCAGCUGGAUGAAUUCCGAGCAGAGGCCAGUCAUCACCGAACCCCCAUGGAUCAAAUUCGCCUCACAAACAUUUCCAUGGAGGAUGACUCUUCUGACUCAAACAAAGAUAAGAGAAAAGUGAAAAAAAAGAUCACAUCUUCUGGAGGGAUAUUUAUGAGAAGUAUUCCUCCCUAGGGUGAAGAUCUGUGUUGUUACUUGAUUGCAGAAAACAAAAAUUUAAAUGAACUAUUGAAGAGAAUUUAAAGUAUUAGAUUAGUAUAGUGUCCUUCCUCCCCCCUCUCCUCCCUACUCCUGCACACUUUUCAAAUCUCUUCUUAGGCAAUGUCAAAGAUUCAGAAA